AUGGAAGAAACAUUAAAUCCAAGGAGAGUUGGUCUGGCUUAUGAUGGGGCCGAGCAUCAGAGGCAGCGUGAGAUGAAUCUAGAGUCAAACAUAUUGAUGGAAAUCAAAGAUAUGAAAGAGUUCAAGUGGCCACCGAGGUUGAGGUCUCCCUCUGAGACCAGGGACAAGAACAAGUACUGUGACUACCACCGUGACCAUGGGCAUACUACAGGGGAUUACAUAACAUUACAACGUGAGAUUGAAGCUUUGAUAGAAAGAGGAUCCCUAAAGGAGUAUAUCAGGCAUGACAAGUGUCCCAUGAAUGAUCGUAACAAUGGGAAGACCACAGAAUUUGGGGAAGAUUCAAAUAGUAGGUACAAACAAUAUGCCCGACAACACAGUUCCAUACAAAUGACAACUCCCAACGACAUGAAAGAUAUCACAUUUGGAUCGGAGGACUCAAAAGACAUAUCAUACCCCUAUGAUGAUGCCUUGGUCAUAUCUGCCAUCAUCACCAACUUUAAAGUAAGGAGGGUCUUGGUUGACAAUGGAAGUGCAGCUAAUGUGCUGUCCCAAGAGGUCUUCAUGAAGAUGAGUAUUUCUGUUAACCAAUUCAAGGCAGUCAAAACAUCGCUCCAGGGAUUCGAGGGUGGAACAAUCAUCCCAGAGGGAAUUGUUGAUCUUCCCCUAACAUUAGGCUCAUGGCAAAAACAGGUGACAGAAGUCACUCCCUUCCAUGUAUUCCAUGCUCCAAUGGCCUAA